UGCCUGUACGAGAGCCAGCGUUUGUGUCCGUCUCCCUCAUUCCUCCCUUAUCCAUCCAUGCACAGCAUGAUAUAAACAAACCUGCCUCUGGACAUGUCAUGCCUUAAAAUAGAUGUUCAUACAUCAGCCUUUCCACAGCAGCGGCGGCAGCAGCAGGAAGACAUGGCCGACUGGAUCUGAGCACACCACACGUUUGGAGCAGAGACAUCUCAGCCCUCACCAAGGACCGUGGGUGGCAGCAGCAGCAGAAGAGACCUCCAGGCCACUCUGCGGCCUUCAAGACCCCACAGGUAUGCCUUGUGGGUCUCGGCAGCUCCAAUGGCUUUCCUGUCCCGGUUCUCCAGGAACAGCACCAGGUCACCGAGUCGGGGUGUGCGGGAGGAACGCAACCACCAUCCCAUCCUCAGCAUCUUCGAGCUCGAACGGUUGCUGUACACAGGGAAGACAGCCUGUAACCAUGCUGAUGAGGUCUGGCCGGGACUCUACCUGGGAGAUCAAGAUAUAGCAGCCAACCGGCGUGAGCUGGCUCACCUGCGCAUCACCCACAUCCUCAACGCCUCGCACAGCAAAUGGAGAGGGGGUGCAGAGUACUACGAGGGCACGGGCAUCCGCUACUUGGGCAUCGAGGCCCACGACUCGCCCUCCUUUGACAUGAGCCCCUACUUCUAUCCUGCAGCUGACUUCAUCCAUCAGGCGCUGAAUGAAGGAAGGAUCCUUGUGCACUGUGCUGUCGGGGUGAGCAGGUCGGCCACCUUGGUCCUCGCCUACCUCAUGAUCCGCCACCACAUGCCCCUCGUAGAAGCCAUAAAGACGGUCAAGGAUCACCGUGGCAUCAUCCCCAACCGGGGGUUCUUGCGCCAGCUGGUCGCCCUGGACAAUGCCCUGAGGCUGAAGAGGAGCACGUGAAGGAGGAUGAGAAGGGCCGUGUGGUGGGAGCAGCGCAGUGCUCAUCCCAUACCACUGAGUGGCAGAGGUAGACAGGGCUUUCCUCUUGGUGCAGAUGCUUGGCAGCUAAUGGGUUCCAUGCAACCGGUCUCCCCCCGCAGAGGGGGUCCACAGACAUGCGAGCUAUUCCUAGUGGUAAAGCAUAGGCCCUCAACCUGCAAUCUUGCCACUUAGGUAGGCCUAAUGCAUAGCCUCCUUCCCAGCCUGCUCAUGCAGAGAUGCCUCUGGAGAGACAUGGCCCCACGUUUCAGGUUAUUCUGGACCCCUGUUGGCUCCUGGAAGCCUUCAAGGGUUGGUUCUCCCGUGUGGCAGAUGCAUCUGCCAAGCCUGUCCCAUCUUUCCCUCCCAGGAGACUGAAGCUGUGUGUGUUCCUUGUCUUGUUUCCCAUUUGUUUUCGGUCUGUGCAGCGAUGUGAAUUAGGUCUGGCAUAUGGUCCCCGGCAAACAGGCCUUUAUUCAUAGUGUUUGGGUGUCCUCCGUGCUUAGUGAUAACCUGUACAAAUAAAGGCAGUGCUAAGGAAGAAA